AUGAUGUUUGCAAUAGAUGAAAUAAACAGAGACAUGGAUAUUCUCCCUGGAAUUAAACUGGGAUACAAAAUUUACAAUGACUGUGGAUCCACAGACAUACUAAGAGCUGCGAUGACAUUAGUAAAUGGUCUAGAGCAGUCAAAAACAGGAUCAAACUGCAAUAAAACAGUCCAGGCCAUUAUUGGACAUUCUGGAUCAACACCAACUAUGAGCUUUGCAAAGAUUGUUGGAAGAUUCCAUAUACCAGUGAUCAGUCAUUUUGCUACAUGUGCUUGCUUGAGCAACAGAAAGGAGUAUCCCUCCUUUUUCAGAACUAUUCCCAGCGAUUACUAUCAAAGCAGAGCACUGGCCCAGCUGGUCAGACAUUUUGGCUGGAUGUGGGUUGGGGUGAUAAGCAAUAAAAAUGAUUAUGGAAUAAACGGGAUAACCACCUUUAUUAGCGCUGCUAAUGAGGAAGGAGUGUGCAUUGAAUACUCAGAAGCAUUUGAAAGUACCAGCCCAUACCAUGAAAUAUUGAGAAUCGUGAAUAUUAUCAGAAUCUCCACAUCUAAGGUAAUUAUGGCCUUCAUGUCACACAGAGAGAUAAAGAUUCUGGUGGAUGAGCUAUACAGACAGAACAUUACAGGACUGCAGUGGAUUGGAAGUGAUGCCUGGAUCACAGAUGACUCUCUUGCAGAUAUCCAUGGUCAUACUUUGCUGAUUGGAUCUAUAGGAUUCGCUGUCCGCAAUGCUCAGAUACCUGGACUAGGUUCUUUUCUACAGGAUGUCAACCCCUCUCAAUUUCCUAACAGCAUAUUUUUUAAAGACUUUUGGGAACAUGUUUUUGACUGUUCUUUGUCUCCAAGUGAAAUAAAAAAGAGGUGUAAUGGCUCUGAGAACUUGAGAGAUGUGCAAAACUCUUUCACUGACUUGACUGAUUUAAGGUUCUCGAACAAUAUAUAUAAAGCUGUUUAUGCAGUAGCCCAUGCAAUUAAUAAUAUUCUCUCAUGUGAGCAAAACAAAACCUCCAUUCUUAAUGCCACUUGUCUAAAACUUACUGAAAUAAAGCCUUGGCAGGUCUUAAACUCUUUGCAAUCCAUAAAUUUCACCACACCUGGGGGUGAAAAUGUCUUUUUUGAUAAAAACGGAGACUCACCAGCGAGAUAUGAGCUGAUCAAUCUACAAAGUGUUAAUAAAGGCAAAAUAGUGUUGGAAACUAUUGGCUACUAUGAUGCCUCUUUGCCUAAAAGUCAACGGUUCUCCAUGAAUAAUGUUCAGGUAGUCUGGAGUGAAGGAAAAAAUCAGGUGCCUGUGUCUCUGUGUAGUGAGAGCUGUCCCCCAGGCACUAGGAAAGCAGUGCAGAAAGGAAGACCUGUCUGCUGUUAUGACUGUAUACUAUGCCCACCAGGAGAGAUUAGCAACACAACAGGUACAUACGAAUUUAAUGAAAUUCCUUUUAAAUUAUAUAUAAAAAAUGAAUAAAUUAAUUAAUAAAUUGUAAUUAUACAUUGUAGUACUGAGUAAUAUUAAUUAACUAAAUGUUCUUAUUAUAAGGUUAGGAUUAUGUUUAGGUUUGGGUUUAGGGUUAGUUGCAUGUAACAAAAAAUCUUUCAAGAUGUGUUUUUUUUCCCAAAAUUGGAGCCAAUGUUUGAUUAAUGUUUAACAUAGAAUUAAUUUGCAUUUGAUUUUCUUUCUUCUUUUUUUUUUUUUUUCUUGUUUUUUUCUAGAUUCAGUUGAUUGCCUCAAAUGCCCUAUUGCACAGUGGUCAAAUACAAGAGGAGAUUCCUGCAUCCCAAAAGAAAUUGAAUUCUUGUCAUUUGCUGAAAUAAUGGGGAUUUUUUUGGCAUUUUUUUCUUUAGUUGGGGUCUUUUUCACUAUAGC